UGGUGGUAAAGCCGCCCACCUCUCUACCCAGUGUUGCUUCUUACCCCGCGCUGCCAACAUGAGAGCGGUACAGCUGGUGGCGACUCUGGCGACGGCGGCAGUGUUGGUGUCGGCUGUCAAAGGUGACCCGAUCCUGCCAGACAUUUGGACGGCGGUAAACAACUCCUAUGACUCUGACGUAAUGGUCACCUUCGCAGAUAUCGUUCCCGGAGCCAGCAUCAUCGUGGAUGAGCUUUACGACAUCACCGAGGCGAAGGGGGCACUCAUAAUACUGGAGAACGGCCACACCUCCAAGACCAACUACUAUUCCGCGACGCAGCAGACCUAUGUAGUGCAAGACUUUAAGUGUGCAGUGGGAACACUGGAGGAACACGGCCCCUACAACAUCUGGGGAUGGAUCUAUGACAGCGAAAACACUGACAAGGAUAAUUUCCUGUAUGGACCCUCAGCUCUCCUCAGGAUCGUCAGGGACUACAAGGACUCGGUGGAGUAUAAGGGGCAGACACCUGUACGUGGGAUCAUGGCGGACCAUUGGGUCAUCAAGCACAAAAAGAACUACACCCUCGAUUACUUAUUUGCCAGUGACGAUUGGGUAAUGCCAUACGGACACACCAUGGAUGGGGUCAACCUGAAAGCGCCGCUGCAGGUGAAGGUAAGCGGAAUGCAAAGCAACCCCUGGAACCCUGACCAACCAAGCUUCCUCCAGAUUGUUUACUAUGACUACACGGACUUCAAGCCCUAUGUCUCAGACGAGAGAAAAAGGGAAUUUUUGGUGCAUGAUGGCUUGGAUUGCCCGGGGCGUAAACCGAUGGACCCCAACAGGAUAACGCCCCCAGAGGUCCCUGACACCUUCAAGGUCUUCAUGGAGGUAGUCAAGAGGUCCCUAGCUGAUGACGGCUCCGAAAACCUGAACACCACCGUCUUCAGGUCCUGGAUGUACUACGAUAAGUUCCGCCAGCUAGUGCGUCUAGACAUCAACCCAGACAUGGACGCCGACCAGCACACUAAGACAUACAAGAGCGUCCAUGACUACAAAACUGGCAUCGAGUACCGCAUCUUCCUAGAGACUGGGCAGUGUAACAUGCAGGCCCUCGACCCUAACCAACUGGGAACUAUGAUAGGAAGUGACGUCAUUGGCAGUGUCAUCAUGGCCAACCCAAGCAACUUUUUCUACCUGGAUAAAUUGUAUGUGUUCAGCGGGUACUCAGAGACCCGGGGACUCUUCAUCAACAAGUGGACCGCCACCAGGAAUGACAUCAAAAACCUCGUCACUGGUAAAAACUACAAGAAGGUCGUUGUUGACUACGAAUUCCUUGCGGACACCACGGUGGUUGAUACUGGUACGAAGGGUCUGCCCGUACCUGUAAGGAUAGACGUGACGGUGUAUAAUGAUAGCGAUACCGAUUCCAUCUUGUACACCCACACUCUCAAUCUCCUCCAUUUCGUGACCGACUUCGAAGUUUUCCAGCUGAAUCCCUUCGAUGUGAGGGAUUGCAUGGACAUCCCAUCGCAGAGGACAUGGAUUAAGCUUACCUUUUCUGGUGACUGGUACCACGGGGCUAUGCAGGAGCCAGACUUGUUCAGGAAGAUGCUCCUCAACAGGAUCUCAUCUGGUUCCGGCUCCACCUACGUUAGGUUCCCAGAAAUAGAUCUGGAUCAUGACACUGACAGUAUUUAUGCCACGAUGUUGGUGCUGGAGCCAGCGCCCUUCAUGCUGGAAUUUCAGCAGGAACCUGACAGGAAGCCUACUGUUAAUGACGUACAGUUGAGCUUGACCAUCCAGGAUACAGAACUGUGUGCCCUCCAGUGUCUCCGCUACAGCAUCUUCAUCUGCCACUCAUUCUACGAGUGCUCAGGGCUGGGCAGGAACUGCUUCGUCAGCAACUACAAAAACUCCCCUGGAGAGUUCAUCAACAUCCCCAAGAAUUGUUCCCACUACAGCAAGGCCAUCAUCAAGCACACCAAGGUCCAGAAGACAAAUGCUGAGCUCAUGCUCUGGCUUCAGCUCAUGGUCGAUGAGGGCACAUUCAAUAUUAAGGUUGUCUACCAAGAUGACCAAGGUCAUACAAAAACUGCCUGGUACAAAGCGACGAAAGUGGAGGAGGAGCUUAUGGCGGACGACCCCAUCCUGGUAGACCUGGUGAAGGAUGACUACCAUAAGGCAUACCUGAAGGGCAAGCUGAAGGGCAGCCACACUGACCAACAACUCAAGAAGGUGAGUUACGACUUGUGUUUGGCCACCUGUGAAAUGGAGAGGGCCUUCAAGUGUGAGAGCUUCUCCUACUGCUACUACGACAGGUCCUGCUACCUCUCCUCCUACGUGGUCGACAUCCCUGUGAACACCAGAGACAUCAUCUUAAAGACUGACUGUAUCAUUAUGACUCGUAAACACACUGAUGACUACAGCAAACUAGAGGGGACGGUAUACCUAGGGAAGCCCAAAGCAAAAAUGGUGGCGCUAGAUGCUGGUAAAUGUGCCUUCUACUGUGACAACAGCACCUCCUUCACCUGCAGAUCAUUUGACUUUUGUGCCAGUGAGUCCUCCUGCAACCUCUUUGAUGAACACUCCAUUGAUGUCCCUGACAACAUGCUCAACCAUUCCUAUCCAGACUGUGUCCAUUAUACACGUAACGCCCUGGUAGACUUCAAAAAACACCCAAAUCAGGUGUUGGCAGGUAACCGUGACCGCUAUGUGAAGGAGGUGUCCACUACUGAAUGUGCCCAGGUGUGUGAGAACGAGCCCAAUUUUGGUUGUGACGGGUUUGACUACUGUGUCGAAGGUGGAGACAUAACCUGCUUCCUCACCUCUGCCCACUACUCUGACGCAGGGAUCGUCAUCACUAACUCCCCCACCUGUGACCACUACUCCAGAGAAUACUACGAGGGAGAUGACAGAGACUCACACGCCAACAAGAGGUCGUCAAAAUACAUCUAUGGCCCAGGUGACAUGGCUGGCCUAGGUUGCUCCAUGCUGGUCAUCUCUAUCGCGUUCACCUUCGCUGGGGUCUACGCCUAUAACAAACACUACAAGGUGUAGGGGACAUACACCGGCUGUUCACUCUGUUUUACAAGUCAUGUUUUGAAUUAAUGUUAGUGAUCUUUUUAUGUCACCUUAAUGUAUUGUAUAAUAAGCAAAUGAUAAAAAAAAUCAAAUUUACACAGACACACAUACAAAGAGAGACACACACACACACACUGUACAGUAAAUUAAUAAAAUCAUCCCAAAUACACACAUAAACUAGCACUUUGAUCUGUGGUCCUGUAACAAGUUUAACUAACAUCACAGUAGGAGAGGAGCUCUGGCUGAGAACAAGACAAGACUAAGUGGCUUGGGAUGACUCAGUAUCCAGUUUAUUCUCGCCCAGACCACCAAAAUGUUUAGUGUUUUUCUUUGGCUUCAUAAAAAAUUAACAAGAAUACUCGCAAAUGCCGAUAUUAUUUCCGUCCUUUUUUAUGUUAAUUACAAGUCUUUAUGUAUCCUAACAACAGAAUGGCCUCAUUAAUGUACAGUCUCUACCAUACUUUUUUGGAUAUGCCGUAAUAAAGAAUGUUUUUUUUUUAAUAAGAACAACACAUCAAUCAAGACGGUGUUAGGUGAUACAAACUGUGACUUGAAGAUUUGAAUUAUAAUGAUAUUAGUACAGUAAGUGAAUAUCAGCAAUAAUAUUCACACUUUGAUCAAUAAAUGUUACUUGUGCUUCACCAUAACAUGUUGUGUCCCCAUGCUCAGCUUUAUAAACUGACCAUCGUCAUUUAAGUUUUCUUUUCAUGUUAAUAUUAUGUACUGUAUGUAGUUAAGAAUUAAAGGUGAAAAAUAA